GCGCGAACAUUUAGUAGUUGGUAGCCUUGUAUUGACUUUUUGAGCCUGAUCCCAACCAAGGAAUCUCAGAGUUUAGAGGAUUGUGAAUUGUCUAGAUACCCAAAACAUCUCGUAAACAGUAUCUCAUAAUGGUUAACUCACUUCCAGUGAAAGUAAACGUUUGUUUACAUUUCCGAAGGAUAUUCACAUCUUCCAGCCUUUAUUUCCAGCAAAUAAUUUAAGCUUCGUAUUCAGUAAUUUGGCGCACAGAACUCGGCACUGACACUAGUCAUCAUGUACAGAUGCGAGAUAAAUAAAGCUAGGACAGCCCAAGAUUGGCAUCAUGAUGCAGCCAUUUUGGCUCGCCUCAUUAAAGAUAAUAAAGGAAGUAUUGUCAUUUAUACUGGUGCUGGCAUUAGCACAUCGGCGUGCAUUCCAGAUUAUAGAGGGACAAACGGUUUGUGGACUGUGCAGUCAAAUCUCAAAACUAGCAUGAAUUCAGGUAUUUAGUUAUGAUCAGGUUUUUAGUUUAGUGCCAUCUGCGGUCGACUUUGACAAAACUGAUCACAAGAAAUGUACAAAAAUGCUAAAACAACAGGAUAAAAUACUCCAAUGUGCAUCACGUAUUAAGACUUCUAAAACGUCGAAAAAUAUCAACUUAAAGUUACGACUUCCAGAAGCGACUACUGCAAAGCCAACAUUCACUCAUAUGGCCAUCAAAGUUUUAGUAGAUGAAGGUUAUGUUCGACAUGUCGUUUCUCAAAAUGUUGAUGGCUUGCAUGUGCGUAGUGGUCUAAAACGUGAGAAACUUUCAGAGCUACAUGGUAAUUUAUUCAUUGAACAAUGCAUCGCUUGUGAAAAUGCUGUUUUUCGAGUUUUCGACGUCGCUGAAACAACUUCUCGUUCACACCAUUUUACUGGACGCAUUUGUCCUCGGUGUCGUAAUUCACACCCUGUUGAAAGUACAAUAGCUGGUAAUAUACUAAAGAAAACAGCUGAACAGUUGGCAGUAUCUAAAUACAAGACGAAUGUAUCAAACGAAAAUCUAAUGUUAAGUUACCGACAUGCUGCAAAAAAAUUAGUCAGGUCUUUCGAAAGUGUACGUCUUAAAGCGAUGGAACAUUUACGUAAUACUCAAAAUUCUGAGAUUUUAACUGAUUCAGUUCUUAAGAAAGCACCUUUGUUAAGAGAUGUUGUUGUUCAUUUUUUUGAACGACAACCAGAGAUGGGGUUAGUAGAAAUAUAUCGUAUUCAACCAGCGAUCGAAGCUGUGCACGGCCGUAAGGUACUUCAAGAUGCUGUUAAUGCUUCUACGAAAGACCCUAAGCCUUUGGUUCACGGAUGCAAACGUCCUAAUGAAGAGUCGACAAAAUAUCUUAUUGAAUCUUCAUGGUUUAAAAGAAUGCGUCCUGCGAUAAAAAUAGAAUGCCAGGAUUUUCAUAAAGCAUCAGAAGCAGUCGAUGUAAAACCUAUUUAUACGGAUUCUCUAGAUACACCUGCCAAGUUAAUAGUUGUUGUUGGUUCAUCUUUAACUGUUUUGCGUAAUUACUCAUUUUUGUGGCCUCACGGCCUUGGAAGGUGCAGUCAGCCAGGUUCAUUGAGCAAAUCUCAAAAGAAACUAACAGGUGCUAGUUCUAUAUCCAGACGGACUUCAAUUCCUAAUACUCCUGGAGAUUGUCAGUUGGUUAUCGUCAAUUUACAACCCACAUGCAAGGAUGGAGUUGCUGACUUGGUGAUUCGUGUUCCUUGUGAUGAACUAUUCCGCGUUAUCAUGUCAGAUCACUUGAAAAUAGAUGUUCCACAAUAUGAUCACAAGCAUGAUCCUCUUUAUUCAAUUGGUCUCCCUCUAUCUCCAGAAGAAGAAUGCACACGUACUCGUUUGAAUAUCCCAUUCUAUUCUCUAUAAUAUUGUCUCAAGUUUUAUUACUCUUUGGUGUACAGUUUCAUCUGAUUUAGGUGUGGUUGUUGAUUAUUGUUUAAUCCUUUAUGUGUAUAAAAAACAUUUAUCCUUUGUACGCAUAACAAGAACCAGUACCUUUGUAAAUAAUAAGCUACAUUCCCACAAAUAAAAUACCUCAAUAGAAUUUCAUCGUGUCACAGCUUUUUGCCCUCGAAUCGGAAAGUAAUUCGUAAUGUCAGUCAAUCAAUGUCUAGAUACGAAGAAG